AUGGAUACCCUUCAUAGUCUGUCACAAUUCCGCAAGGGAUUAAUUCAUACAACAGAUAAUGACAAUGCAGGACCAUCAAAAACAACUGAUGAGAAUAAAGAUGAACAAGAGUUACAGGUUAAGAUGAAUAAUUUCUCAACACCUGUCAAAUCAGACCAGUCGACAAAUAUAGAAGACGAUAAUAAUAAAAAUAAGAAUGAAAAUACCAAAGCCAAGAUUGUCAGCUGUGAGAAAAUGGUAAUGGUUGGUAGCAAAGAAUUUGAAGAUAUGAAGAUGCUGAUGGUCGAGUCCAACAAACAGACUCGCGAGAUGUCAGCAACACUCGGUAGAGCUGAGAUAUUAUCUCUUGACAGGCAUCACUCAUUGCCGGAAAUACCAGCUUGA